UCUGAAAUUUACCGAAUUAUCUUGGCUGGUUCACAUUACGCGCGCCGAUGAGGUGCCCACAUUAUGGACUAACAAAGCGGUAAAGCUUUGUAAAAGUGUUCGUACUUUCAGUUUCAGCAUUAUUAUACAAUACGUGCAUUGACCUACUAUUCGCAUAACUAAAAUAUUGGGCGUAUUCCUGUUAAAUCAUGGCUUGUAUGGACGACCUGAGGUAUGCCCUCAUCCGGGACAGCAUUACAUUGGUUCAGAGUUCUUUAUUUCUACCAACCUACAUAUUAUGGAGUAUCCUACUAUCCACAAAUGCCAAUGAAUUGAAUGAAGUGCGAUCAAAGAACGACAUAUUCUACCUGAAGAAACUGCUCCUGCUAAGGAUGUACGACAGUACAACUGCCACGGGAGCACCGGUGCAAACCACGACUUUAAUGACAUCCGUUACACCGGCUGAAUUUUCUUCCGCGGUGGCUGCAACAUCCGGGACAUCGCUGGCUGAUGAACUCUACAACAUCGUGUUCACCGGCAACGGAUCCAUGGAGAGCGAUCUACGGCUAGCGAUCAAGAAUGCUGUGCCUAAUUUGCAGGUUUUGCGAGAAAAUACCACUGACCGGCUCAGCAAGCAGAGGGCACUCGUAGAGUUAGCCGUGCAGAUGCAGCCGUUUAUUAGACCGAUUAUGGCCAGCCAUCCUAACCUUACGGCAAAGGUCACCGAGUUAGGCGACAAUAUGAACCGAACGGCACGCGAUGGUGGUUACGGAGGCGGAGGCGGCUAUGGUGGUGGUGGAUGGGGUUGGGGCGGAUGGGGAUGGGGCUGGGGAGGAGGUGGUGGUGGAGGAGGCGGACAUUGUUGCUGGGGUAAAGCAAUGUCAAAUUUCUUGUGA